AUGGCUUCGGGGCCCGCCAUGACGAGUAGCGCUAUCCUUCUGGAAGCUUCACCAAGUAGUCCCGUCUGCAAUGGCAUGGCGCAAGUCGUAGCUCACAGUAGCCACGCCAGCCCGCGAUAUGGCCAGCAGAACGCGCCUCAUGGCAAGAAGAGGCCUGCAGACAGCUCGCUGGAGCACGAGCAGAGGUUGAGCAAGCGAUUCGACCUGCUAAACUUGGUAGACAACAACGGCACACGCCUCUACAUACCCGUUCCAGGCUCUACAGAUGCGACACUACCCCGACCACCCGCCAGUCCAACCUCGGGACCCGACCCCCUCGCCUUCGUCGCAUCACGACACAGCAAGCGCGACCGACGACCCCACCACUCGCGCCCCCAGGAUGACGGCAUGGAAGUCGAAGACACACCUCACCGUGUCUACAUCUCCGACCUAAGCGCCGAGCUCUCCGACAUUGAAUCCGACGAGGAGAAUCCCAUAUUCCUCUCCGAUAUUGAGAAACAUCUAUCCAAGAUACCCCGACAUGUCCUCCUCGGCCCCGACCCCAAGCCCAACGAGCACAACCAGGUGGUGCUGUACAAUGUACCCACCAGCCUGACGGUGCCAGAGGCCCAGGAUAACGUGCGCAAGGCCAUCGUGGAAGCAAGACAGCGCAUCAGGGAUAAGCAAGCGAACCCCAUCUCGGAGCCUAUCAAGCUCGACUUUGGCGAAUCCAACAGCAGGAAUACUGGAGGCGCAAGUAGUGGUGCUGAACCUAUGAUGAGUGAUAUACCCCCGACGACGCCCAUGGAAGAAGACGGCGACGCCAUGGACAUCGAUUGA